GAGCAAAAUAAAACAAACAUCUAAACCUCUCUCAACAAAAUGAUCUGUCAAACAAAAAUAAUGUGGUUAUGGGUUGUAGGUAAUAAACUGUAAAUACAAAAAAUAUUUCUACUUAUGAUUUCUCUGGUUUUAACACGUUUUUACAAAAAAAUGGCAUCGGUAAUUCCUGCAGUUACGAAAAUAUCAUCCAGAGUAACCAGGGUGUUGGGAUGCAAUCCUAGCCUGAUGACUCUGCAAGGAACUAAUACUUAUAUUGUUGGAACAGGAAAAAGGAGAAUUUUAAUUGAUACUGGCGAUAGUGAUGUCCCUCAGUACAUUAACCAUCUUAGAAGUGUGCUUAAAUAUGAAAAUAUUGACUUAGCUCAUAUUUUUCUUACUCAUUGGCAUCAUGACCAUGUUGGAGGCCUCAAUGACAUUAUGGAGGAUUUACCUGAGUUUACUGAAAACUGUGAAGUCUGGAAAUUCCCAUGCAAAGAAGACAACAAUGUAUACAAUGCCUUCAAAGACAAUCAAGAAUUUUCAGUAGAAGGAGCAACCUUAAGAGUUUUACACACUCCAGGCCAUACCACUGAUCAUGUAGUCUUGCAUUUGCUUGAAGACAAUGCCUUAUUUAGUGGUGAUUGUAUUUUGGGCGAAGGCACUGCUGUUUUUGAAGAUUUAUUCGACUAUAUGGAAUCGUUAAGGACGAUUCUGAAUGCCAAACCUGCAGUUAUUUAUCCGGGACAUGGAAAUAUUAUCAAUAAUGCUUCAGAGAAAAUCCAAUUCUAUUUGAACCAUCGCUUAGAGAGAGAACAGCAAAUAAUGGACAUCUUAAGCAAUAAUUGUCAAAGGACUUUUACUGGAAAUGAUUUGGUUGAAAUGAUUUAUAUAGGUUUACCAAAACAAUUGUUCAAGGCUGCAGAAUGCAAUGUUAACCAUCACUUGCAAAAGCUCCUGAAAGAAGACAAAGUGGUUCAAGUUAAUGGAAUGUGGCAGUUUAAGGAAGAAUUGAUUUGUUGAAGUAUUUGAAACAACCAAGGAGCUUUUUUGUGAUAUUACUGUUUAGGAUUGUUAUACCUAAUUUGAUGUUACAGUAUUGAGAUUUAAGUUUCAUAUUUGGGUCAUAGCGCCCUAAUUUGUAGGUAUAUAAAAAAAAACUAGUUAUUUGACUGCUAAUUAGCUUAAUUUUAUUGUAUUUAGUUCUAGAUUUUAUAUUCAAUAAUUAUUAUAAUCUCAUAAUAAAUUGCAUGUACACUACUUAUAUUACAAAAUACUGUGACGAUUUUCAAACAUCACUUGCAUUUAUCAAUUAUUGGUUGCCAAAAUUUCUUUCAGGAUAUCACUGCACUGGUUUAAUGCCCAAUUGUUUAUGUAAAGCAGGUACAGAAUCAUCAUACUGUGCCUGAAAGAAAUUACCAGACUCUAACUCCAAGCCAUAUUUUUCAGCGAAGUUUUGUGUUGAAAAUAGAGGUCUGUCUCCAAUCUCUGUAGCGCUGACAACUGUUUCAUUGAAAUUAAUUUUUCCUCUUGGCUGUUUAUACAACACGAACGUGUACCUGUGUAGGCCUGAGCCUUUCGGCGGUCCUGAGCCAACGUAGGCACUUAAAGUUUGGCCUUUUGUGGUAUCAGAUCCAGGAAUAUUGACUACCUGUAAAAAACGUGUUAUUGCCGAAAAAUUCAAACUUCUGAUUUUUACCAGCCAAUGUCUGAAUUCUCUUCUAAUAGGAUUAGCUCUGCUAGGCGCAUCAGGAUCAGUUAAAAUCAAAGUAUGAAAAUCACCAUCCUUAGGUUCAAAAUUAACUUGCGGUUGUUCUUUGACGUCAAUAGGAGCAAUUUCGUCUCCUAAAUUAACAGUUUUGCCAGAUUUUGGGUAUUUAAUUAACAGUAAGUGUUGUGGAGCGUCUUUCAGGACGUCUGGAACGAUUUGGUUUUCGGUAAAAGCCUGUAUAAAGAGCAAGGAUUUAGAGAAAACUAAUUAAAAACGUGCAAAGAAUAAUUUUAGUAGAUACACUUACUAAAGGCACCAUUAUAAAUUAUUAAAUAAUUACAAUUUGCACUUUCAAUAAUAUAACAGAAAGCCUUUUUGAAUAUGCUUUUAUUUAUACCUCUUCCUUGAAUGUGUACCAAUAAAUAGAUACAUUUUUUAUCUCACCUUUUUUAGAUUUACAACAUCCUGGGCGUUCGCUAAAAUUGCUGUGGUCAAAAUAAGGAUUAAAAUCUGUAAACUCAUUCUUGCGCUUGCAAAAUACCAACUAAAACCCAGCAAAAAUAUUGAAAUCUUACCAUUACUACUAGUCACUAUUUUUGGCCUUCACACUUAUGUACAGUUGAUUUAUUAAACUUUCGUUUUUCUUUAGCUUGCUUUUAGGUUCACCGGUUCACCCAAAGCAGAGACCCAAAGAUCCCCAGUAAACAAUUUUAAAUUAUAUACCUACUAACACUUAUGCUGCCACCUACACAUCCUGAUCAAACUAUUCUCGUUUAGAAUAUACAUAGGAAACGGUUAUCUAGUUAGUUACUGAGAAAUAUCAGAGGUGGCAGAUGGCACACUGUAUUCCAAUGUUUUAUACAAAUUACCAUAAUUAAAUUACAUAGUUUCAUAUUAUAAAGGCAUAAUAUCUCAAUCAAAGGUUUCGUACAAAAAAAGGCAGCCUUCAAAUUAUACAUAGUAUUUUUAUUACCCAUUUAGAAUAACCCCAUCCUUAUUUAUCAAUCACGAAUCAUACCUAUGAUUCCUAUGAAACAAAAAAUUACCAACAAAAACGAACGUCGAUUGAAAGGCUCUGAAGUGUCUUGUUGAUCAUGUUUCCCUGUUUUAUCGUGGUCUUUGCAUCACUAUAGAGGGUUUUUACUGCCUUUAUUAGUUCUAAAUUGAUAUUGGUUUUUUCCAGUGCUUCCCAAAGCUUUUUCAGCGGAACAUUGUCAUAUGCUUUUUUUAGAUCUACAAAGAGUAAAUGAAGUUCCUGGUUAUACGCUAGUUUUUUUCUAUUACCUGGGUCAAACUAAAUAAAUGGUCUACAGUUGAUCUUCCUGCUCUAAAACCGGCCUGUUCUUCUGCCUCACUAUCUUUGAACUCGUUCUCUAUUCUGGCUUUUAUGAGUUUUCCAUACACUCUGCUCAGUGUGUUUGUUACUGCAAUUCCUCGGUGGUUCUCGCAUUUGUUUCUGUCUCCUUUCUUAUAUAUCGUUGUUAAAUAGCUUAUUUUCCACUCUUCCGGUACUUCAUGUUUAUCUAUGCAUGUUUGAAAUAGUUUUGUUAAAUUUUUGUAGAGUUUAUUGGUCCCAUACUUUAUCAGUUCUCCAUAUAUUUCUCCUGGGCCUGGUGCCCUACCGUUUUUCAAGAAGCUACAGUGUUUUUUAACUUCUUCUUGCAUAACUCUUAUAGGUGAUCCUGCAGUUUUUAUGUUUCGUGUCUGUUCCCUUUCUUUUUUAAACUCUGCUCGCUGUUCUGUUAGUAAUUCUUCAAAGUACUCUUCCCAUUGCUGGGGUGUUAUUGUAUUGAUAAUAUCCUUAGUUUGUGUUUUCCUCAUGUUUUUGAGUAAUCUCCAACUUUCUGUAUUUCUUUUACCCCCCAGAUAAGUAUUAAUAUGCGCACAGUUUCUUUCCCAUGACUCGUUUUUUUUUUCUGUAGGUACUAUUUUAUUCCGUACUCUUGCUUGUGCUUCUUUAUACACACUCUGUAAAAAGUCCCGGAACAGUCAAUUAUUUUGAAAAUAGUGCACAAUAUAAAAAAACUUCCUGUAUAAAAGUUGAAGGUCUUGAUAAAAUCUAUUGAAAUAGGACUUAUGUAAUUAUACAGGGUGGCCCAAAAAGUUGUGCUACACAAAACUUCAUUUUUUUUUAAUGGAAUGAUCCUUUUUUAAUUACAUUUUCUAAUUCCUCUAGAGAUUCUAAACAACAAUUAUGAAAGAUAUCAUAUGGCUAAACCCAUUAGUUUCAGAAAUAAUUUGACUUGAA